CACGAUCUGAGAUGAUCCUGGCGCAAUGAAGCGGUGGGAUUUUUUUUUCUUCUUCUACCCCGGCGGAAGCAUCCGUUUCUUUUCUUUUUCGAACGGUCGCUUUCAUGUACUAUCGGUACGCAACUUUUCCUUUGUUUGAACACGGCGCAUGAAAAAAAAUAAAGAUGGACGGAUACCCCCCCGAAGCGUGUGGUGUUGGUAAUUUUUUUAUUGGGAUUGAUAUUUUCUAUGGGAAGCAAUACACGGGAAUGGAAAGGAAAAGGGAUAUGCAUACACCACGCUCGGUCGUGUUUGGAGUGUCAGGAAUUAGCAUUGCACUGGAACUGGAACCACGUAUUAUAGACUGGCACAAGGCAGGGAAACCACACGGCAAUUCUGUUUGUGCAAUUUUUUCUUUCAUCUUGUUCACCCUGAUCGAUUACUCCGAAUGUUGCCACACGAGAAAAAUGGCCUCGACAACCACAGCGAAAGCCAAGAGGACCGACCAGGCGGGCGAGAUUCCCCCCUGGAAGCACAACUGGCAAGCAAGCGAGCAGGGAAACCGUCGACUUUCCGAGAGCACGGCCAAGAUGUUUUGUUUCUUGUACGAUUCGAUGGGAGCAGUUGCACACACACGGGAACGGCAAGGGCAAACGGCAAGGGAGGGAAAUGCAUGGUAUUACACAUCGGUAGCUCGCGCUGCAACACAAUUGGCCGGCGGACUCUGGAGGGAAUAGCGGUCUGCUUCUGUCUUCUUUUCCUUCUCAUUUUCCCUUGUUGUACAUGUUAUUUCGGACGUUGGGUUGGGGGCUGGCUGGCGUUUAUGAUUGAUUGCAUUCGUAUCCGAGUUAGCAUGUGUCCCCUCUGGCGAUGGAAAACGGGCCAGCAGCGGUGAGAGCAAAAAGCUUCUGACGAAA